AUGUGCCCUCCACACCCGUGUACUGUGCACCAGGUCAGACCCAAGGCCUUGCGGGGAGAGGACGGGACUGGCGGCCCCAUCUGGGAUGCCUCACUUGCUGGCUGGCAGCUCUGCCAGCUGAAAGCGAUCAGGAGGUGGCUCUUCCCAGCCUCCAGAGGCUUCCUCCUCCUGACCUCUGCAGUUAUGACUGGCUGCUUCUUGUGGCAGUACCGCCUCUCCGAGCUGCAGACUGGUUCCUUGGGACCAGCAGGGACCUCUGCUCCCAUGAGGAUGUGUCCCCAGCACCCUGAACCCGUGCCUCUGGCUGCUGUGUUGCAGGAGGCCCUGGAGAAGGUGGAUGGUAUCCUGCCAGCCAGGUCUGCCCCAGGCUUGGCUGUGACGUCUACAGUUGUCAUCCACAAUGACACCGUGCUCUGGACUGGGAACUUGGGGAGGAAGAAUGGCUCAGACCCCAGUUCUGGCCCCAGCGAGUAGGCCAUGUACCGGAUCGCCAGCACCUCCAAGAUCUCCCCAUGCUUCCUCAUGCUGUACCGCCUGUGGGAGGAGGGCAUCACGGCCUCUCCAGACGACUCCCUGGAGCACUACGCCAGCACCGUCACCACUCACAAUGGUGAAGGGGGGGCAUGGCCUCAGCCCCCAGCACCAGGGCCUGCUGCAUGGGCUGAGGAGGUGGGCCCGGCCCCCAGGCCUUGACCCGUCACCCUCCGAAGGGUGGCCAGCCAACUCUCAGGGCUGCCCAGAGGGCUGUGGGCCACACCGCUGUUGUGGAGGGGCAGCACCCAGGAGGCCCUGAGCCUGCUCAAGGAUGAUGCGCUGGUGGCCGACCUAGGGGCCAGCUCCCACCGCUUGGAUCGCCACGGCCUGGCCCCGGGCUUCGACCUGCCGGGCCUCGACACUUACCGGGCGCUGAGACUGCAGCGCGAGCCCGUGUUCGAGACCCAGUGACCCCGGGCGACGUCCGGAGCCUCCAGUCUCCUUGGCCUGCGGCUCUCCGACCUGAGGGGGCUGCGAAGACGCUGAGAACCCAGUGAAACACGGCAAUGUGCGGUUUGUUUGCGGCGCUGGAGGUGGAACCCAGGGCCUCCCGAACAGUAGGCAAGCUCUCUACCACGGAGCCACAUCGCCAGCCCCAGUGAGAUGAUUUUGACAAGUAUUUAAACCCAUCUCCCUAAUCAAGAUGACUGGUCUCUGUGGUCAGAACUUCCGGCCUUCUCCCAGACCUUCCUCUGACCUGCCUGGCUCCUGCCCGUAUUUCCCUCUGGCUCUGAGAGCUGUGACACUGAAGGCAGCUGCUCUAGAAGCUGACAGCUGGAGUCCCUGGGUCACCCAGGCUUGGCUAGUUGCCCUGUGAAGGAAGCGUCAUUCCUGCUACAUCCCCUAUAAAGAUGCCAUAGCUCAGAAAGGUCUGAUGACUUCACCAAGGUCACCCAGCUGGCUGGCAGCGGAGCGGGAAUGAGAAACAAGGCCAGGUCCCUGCAGCUCCACAUCCAGGGUCCCCACCCGCUGCUGGCUGGAGAACACGAGCCCAUACAGGUGAGUGUGAGCCGCUCACACACAUCCCUGGGCCUCAGCUUCCUCCUCUGGCCCGGCCACAUGGGGUUGCCGGGUGGAUUUGGGAUCACAGCGCGGGCAGAGCUUUGAAAAGAACAAAGUCCUGCUUCACUCUGACAUUUCAGCGCGGAACCCAGGGAGCAGGAACUCAGGCUUAAAAUGUAUUGAUCUAGGAACAAAUCCU